UGUUUGAAAUUUCACAAAAGUGGCAUAAAUAAUCAGUACAAUAGCCCUCGAAUUGCUAUCAGAAAUUCUAUAUUAAUGAAAAUGGAUGGUGUUGCACCAACUGAUUCUCGACGUCGCCCCGAUAUGCGGUUGAUGGAAAAUGGGGAUUGGGAUGCUGCUAAUCGUGAAAAAUCUCGUUUGGAGCAAAAACAACGCAACGAAACCAGAAAAUAUCUGGUGAAAUCAUCGUUUAAAGUCGCACGACCAAUUUGGUUCAAGAAAACUAACGAAUUUCACAAUGAGUGUGUUCAUUAUAAAUAUCGAGGUGAAUACUGGAAAUAUUGGUCUAAAUGUCCGGAUAUAUUCACCUGA